GUAGCCGCGUAGCGGUAACACCUCGGGGCCUAAGUGUCGUCGCGUUAGCAUGGGAAGUGCCAUCUGGGAACUGGAAACGGCCAUAGUUCGUCUACUGACAGUCACGUCCACUGACAGGCUCGACUACCAGCAGGGGGCCAUGCGCGGCUAGGGCGGGCCCCGGGGGCGUCUUGGCCCGCUGCCCGCCGCGCCAGGAUGUGAUGGGCUGUGCGCCCAGCAUUCUGCCCGGCCGCGGGCCUCGCGGCGGGGACGAGGCGCCGCGCUGCAACAGCACAGUGAGUGGUGGCAUCUUGUGUGUUGCAGUGAGUGGUGGCGGGAGCAGAACAUGGAGGUUUGGACGUUCGGCGAAGUCGGCGAGUACCAACAAUAAGGCCGCCAGCAACUCGAAGGCUACCGGCGUCCAGCCGCCCGGCCACCGGCCUGUGCGCCCCGCCUCCGCCGCCUCCGCCGCCCCUGCGGCGGACGUCGACGGCCACCCCGCCGCCGCCGAGACCUGCGGCACCCGGGUGGUGCUGGUGUUCCCCAAGGACGACGCGCAGCUGGACGCGCUGUGGCUGGCGGGCGAGCGCCUGGGGCUGGCCCUGCAGGUGGCGCGCUCCGCCGAGGCCGCCGCCGACUGCCUGGCGGCGCGGCGAGGCGCGCUCCUGGUGCUGGUGGACUGCCGCCAGCCGCGCCUGCUCGACCCCGAGGCCGUGUGCCGCGCGGCGCGCCUCGCCGGCCCCGCCUCCCGCGCGCUGCUCGUCGCCGUCGUCAGGCGCAGCCUCGUAGAGAAGGAUGAAUCAGUCGCACAGAACUUCCUUGCCGCCGGGUUCAACAGGGUGAUGGCGGAGACGACCAGCGCCGCGCUGUGCGCCAACGAGCUGCUGCUGCUGGACCGGUGCGACCUGGCGCCGCGCGUCCAGGCGUCUCUGGCCAACCAGGCGAUGGCCUUGGCGCUGGCCCGCAGCGGCGACCUCGUGCACAUCACCGACUCCGCGCACAGGAUACAGCACGUGAGCAAGCUGGCCGAGCAGUGCCUGGGCUACGCCAGCCAGAGCCUCGUGGGCAGACACCUGCUGGAGCUGUGCGUGUCGGAGGGCCUGGACGCCAUGCAGCUGGAGCUGGAGAAGGGCCGCGAGUGGGAGGGCCUGCUGAGCUGGCGGUGCCGCACCGGGGACACCUUGUCGCUCAGCACGCGCGUCUACCCGGUGGCGCUGCCCGGCAGGACUCCGGCGCAGUACGUGUACAUCCACGAGCCGCCCGCUGGGAUGGAGAACCGCAACUCUCAGACGUCCAGCCACCAGCAGGCGAUAAUGCACCGGGGCAGUCUCAACUCGGUCAGGAAGGGCUCCACCGACAUCCGGUCCAUCAGCAGCGAUGGUACUCGGCGGCAAAGUUUGGCCAAAAUACACUCGCUUUCCUUGCAGGCACCCAUCACCAAGGUCAUUGAACUCAUUUCUUCAGUUCAAGAAGAUGCCACUGAACAAGUAGCUCUUGUUCUUGACAAGGUGUUAGAAAUUUUACGCACAACAGAGCAACUGUAUGGCCCCGCAACAAUGCGGGAAAGGAAUUUAAAAACACAGGACCCAGUGACAAGUGAUUUGAUAUCAGCUCUUUUGACGCAAGGCGGCACGCCGGGCAACGUGUCGACGACCCGCCGCAGCUCCAGCGAGUCGUCCAACAUCCGCAUGUCGCUGAAGCAGCAGCCGACAAGCAAGGCGUCCAAGCUGCUGCCGCUCUCGGCCAAGGCCAAGGACCUGCUCGACCGGUCGCUGGACUGGGAGUUCGACAUCUUCAGGCUCGAGAAGCUCACCGAGUUCAGGCCGCUGGUCCACCUCGGCAUGAGCCUGUUCCUCCACUUCGACUCGCACUUCGCGCUGGGCUGCGACGAGACGACGCUGAAGAACUGGCUGACGCUCGUCGAGUACAACUACCGCCGCCGCAACUCGUACCACAACUCGACGCACGCCGCCGACGUGAUGCAGUGCGCCGCCUGCUUCCUGGACGCCGGGAAGCUGCGCGCCGUGCUGGACCCCUUGGACCGCGCCAUCUGCCUCGUGUCGGCCGCGGCGCACGACAUCGACCACCCGGGCAAGUCGAGCGCCUUCCUCUGCAACUCGGACCACGAGCUGGCCUGCCUGUACAACGACAUCAGCGUGCUGGAGUCUCACCACGCGGCGCUCACCUUCAAGCUCACCGUGUCCGACCCGCGCGUCAACAUCUUCCAAGGCCUGGAGCGCGACACCUACAAGGUGGUGCGGCAGAAUGUCAUCGACAUGAUCCUGGCCACGGAGAUGACGCGCCACUUCGAGCACCUCACCAAGUUCGUGAGCGUGUUCAGCAGGCCCGGCUCCAAGGACGAGGAGCUCAGCAUCCUGGAGGCGAGCGAGGCGAUAGACCCGUUCCACACGUACAGCCUGGAGCAGCUGUCGCUGGUCAAGCGGAUGCUAAUCAAGUGCGCCGACGUGUCCAAUCCGACGCGGCCCGUCCACAACUGCGUGGAGUGGGCGCUGCGCAUAGCGGAGGAGUACUUCACGCAGACAGACGAAGAGAAAGCGAACAACCUGCCAGUGGUGAUGCCGUUAUUCGACAGAGCUACCUGCUCCAUUCCAAAAUCUCAGAUCGGUUUCAUGGACUUCAUCAUCAGAGAGAUGUUCGAGGCUUGGGAAGAAUUCAUUGAAAUGCCGAAGCUACUGGAAUACAUGGAGAAGAAUUACACUUUCUGGAAAGACUUGGAGACAAGAGGCAUUGUGAGCUCACGAGAUAUUGAACGUGACAGAAAAGAUCGUCUGAGAAGCAUGGCUGCCUCUACGUAAAUUUUGUGAUGUGUCUGUAUUCUGUUUUGUAAAAUUUGGUGAAAAUCAAUCUCUCUCGAGACAAUUUCUUCCUUCAACCUUGAUGUUCAUUGGUGUUAAAAAAAUAAAAAGGGGGGAGAAAAAUCAUAACUUGCCUUCCGAUUGUCGUCAGUGAAAAGAGUUUUUAUUGUGUGACCGUUGAAGAUGAAUUGAGUCAUUACUUGUAAUUUGCCGGUAUGAAACGAUUUUUUUCUCGAGAAUUAAAGUAUUAUUUUAAGAAAUAUAAUUUAUUAUCACGGUUAUGUACAUUGUAAGUAUUUUUGUUAAAUUAUUCACAUGGUACCUGUUUGUUUGCACUCGUUAUUACGUAAUUUACAAACUGUAACACUUUUUUUUGUUGGCUACAUGUAUAAAUGUUUGUUCCCAGUGGAUUUUUUAAAUGUUGGUGUUACUGAACUCUAAGUGUUUGCUUUAAGCGACUUCAUUACGAUUUAUGUUCCCAGAAAAUCUUUUCAUUUUAUUAAAACCGUAUUGUUUAGUAAUGUUUGUGUUAUUUCACUCAUGUUCUUUUGAGUACACUGAUCAAGUAAUCAAAUUUUAAUAGACGCAAAAUAAUAUUCCAUCUUAAAUAUUUUGUUUGUAAAAUUUUACAUAAUAUAAAAAAUAAACUGACUUUUUAUUUGUAAUUAUUAUGUAUGAAUUUUAUUAACGUUGUAAAAAAUUAAAGAUAUUCAGUAUA